AUGCAUAAUCCUCGGCAAUAUUAUAUUAUACUAUUCACUGCGAAGCUAAUAUAUUAUGUACAUAAUUAUAAAAUAUUUAAUACAAUAUCUUUUAUAGAUGCCCCAAAAUUUCUGGACUCUGGCACCAAUGUUACAGCAGUUAUCGGAAGAGAUGCCACAUUGACGUGCAGCGUUAAGAAUCUGCAGAAUUAUAAGGUAGCAUGGCUGCGAGUGGAUACCCAGACGAUACUCACAAUAGGUCCUCAUGUGAUAACGAAGAACCACCGUGUGGGUGUGAGCCGAGGGGACCAGGCGUGGUCGCUGACUCUACGAGACAUCAGGAUGAGCGACGGCGGACGAUACAUGUGCCAGAUCAACACUGAACCUAUGAUCACCCAGACUCAUCAUCUUCACGUGUCAGUUCCACCAGACAUCGUGAAUUCGAGUAGUAGCGGCGAAGUAAUAAUACGGGAAGGUGAGAACGUGUCGCUUCAUUGCUCUGCGUCGGGUACACCGCCACCAACGAUUACUUGGCGACGAGAAGACUCAGCGCUAAUGAAAAUCGGAAAACAGACAGUGGGCAAGUGGAGUGGCGUGUGGCUCAACCUAACUGCAGUGAGUCGUAACAUGAACGGCGCAUUUCUGUGCAUCGCUACAAACGGCGUACCUCCUUCAGUGAGCAAGCGGAUACUCCUCCGUGUGCUGUGUAGCCCUUCCCUAUGGACGGCUCAGAAAAUGGUUGGAGUUUACGUCGGUGAAACCGUUAUUUUGCAAUGCAGAAUCGAAGCUUCGCCGCCGCCGAUAUUGUAUUGGAUGCAUUCAGAAGAAAAUAGACUAAAAAAUGAUUCGAAGCACACAAUAAAUAUUAAGUUUGAAAACUUCAAGCACUCGAUUACACUCAAAAUCAAUAAUGUUUCAAGAGAAGACACAGGUUUAUAUCAAUGUCAUGCAGAGAACUCUCUCGGAGCUGCCCAUAAUGACGUAAUACUUUAUACCUUAGCCACGACUUCAACGUCGAGUACAAUGUCAUCGACAGCAGAAGAAUUGCCAACUGUGACCACAUCCAUUCAGCCAUAUGCUGAGCUAGAAAUGAGUGUCAACAACAGGCAGCUUCCGGACGAAGACAAUUUCGUAGUAGUUCUCAGUCAACAUCAAAUGCAAAACUUGGAACUGUCGCCGAGUUCGUGACCUGAGCUGGCACCAGAUCACUGGUCUCUAUGGUCUACCGGUCCAAGACCUGCGCCAUCACACCACAUGAUUUGGUGUCUUCUAGUAAUAUGGAGCUGUUAGUAUGAUGGAAUUAAAUUCAUGGACAAGUUGCAAUAGUGAAGGGUGUAAAAAUACGGACGAAUUUGUGUGACUGUAAUAAAUAGUGUAGUUGUAAAUUAGACACGGCACAACUUAUAUUAUUUAACUAUUGAAUAUUGAGUUAAUUAAUUAAAUUGACUAUUGAGUUUGAUUUUAUUCUCUCAGUAAGGAUGCUAUAUAAAAAGCUUGUACCAUUUCAGCGUUUAUUGGAUUCGCAAGGAAUAUACUACAGCACUUAUGUAGUUAAUGAACUUCUUGUAAAUGAGAAAAAGCCAAUGGUGACUGGUCAUUAUGUAUUCAGUACUUAUUUUAAAGAUGUUACGACAUGUCAUUAUAGCAAGUAAAAUUGUACGCUGAACUGUAUAAUUUUUUUGUUGAAUUACUACAUAAUAAAUUACGAAAGCUACGUUA